UACAGCUCAGCAUGAGGAUUGGUGUCUGUGCUACGGAUUCAAACACGCACUAAAGAUGUCUUCCCCACCUCCGGUGGUCCCUAGGAGGUAUUCAGGUGUCCGAGUCAUGAUAACUCCAGGAGAGCAGCCUCCUCCUGGUGGGCUGCCCAUCUACUCACAUUCUAGCAAAGAGAAUGGUGUCAGCGAGGUGUCAAAUCAUACAUCUCUACUGAAUGCAGAGAAAGAAGUGGAGAUUCUGAACCACUGCUUUGAUGAUGUGGAACGAUUCAUGGCACGCUUGCAGCAGACAGCUGAGGCCCAGAGUGUUCUUAACCAAAGGAGGAAGAAGAAAAGAAGUAAAAAGAAAAAGGAGAACCAAGAUGAUGAUUUGUUGACCAUGAAAGCUUGCCCUCCAUCAGAGGAAGAAUUUGUGGACCUCUUUCAGAAAAUCAAGUACUCCUUCAGUCUGCUGGACCGUCUCAAGUCAUCCAUCGCACAGCCUGACGCACCAGAGCUGCUGCAUUCCAUCUUUGUUCCUCUUAAACUGUUGGUAAAAACCACCGGAGGGCCAUUGUUGGGUGCGUCGGUGGUCAGUCCUGCUAUGACCAGUGGUGCUGUUUCACUGCUGCACGAGCAUCUGACUGAAGAGGAAAAGGAGUUGUGGACUUCAUUAGGGCCCAACUGGAUUUCACCCUGUUCACAACUUAGUGUGUCUGUUCCUCCAUACUCACCUGUCUUCCUGGAUGGAUGGCAGCUUCCGGCCUAUGACUCAACUGGCCAGCCUUGGGAAGAUCCCAUCGAGUUGCAGCACAAACAAGACGUCAGGGAAAGAAGGGCAGCACAGACUCAACAGGACCAUGCUCGACAGACAGGGCAGGGCCAUGGUGAAGGCACAGCUGAAGCAAAAGAAAACUGGCUCCCACCAGAAGGUGAGAGACUUUACUGCUGCAGCUAUGACUUUGUGGCUAGAAACAGCAGUGAACUCUCUGUGCUACAAGGAGAAACACUAGAGGUAAUUGAGUCAUCAAAGCGAUGGUGGAAGUGUCGGAAUCGGUUUGACCAGAUAGGAUUUGUUCCCUUUAAUAUCCUGGAGCCUCUGUCUGCUCUUAAUAACACUGGGAGAGACAGCCCAGUGGUACGCAGAGAGUCAAAGAAGACAGCCCUUUUCCCUCGGACAAAGUACUUCUCAUAUGCUCCACCAAGUCCAGAUGCAACCAGUUCCACACAUACAAGACCAUUGCGACCACAGAGCAUGGUUUUACCAUCUACAGUAAUGCAGGGAGAUGACAGUGACCGAGUCAUGAUAAUGAAUGAUGAGCUUCUUCAGCGGCUGGCUGGGAAAAGAGGCUCAAUCCAUCCGCUGGUGGUCCCCCGUUCAGCUGACACUUCUGCCCCCCUGAACUACCACUCACCGGCUGCCGAGGUGGAGGCCUGGCUCACCACCAAGGGCUUCAGUCAGCAGACAGUUCAGAGUCUGGGCAUUUUAAGUGGAGCCCAGCUUUUUUCCCUGAAUAAGGACGAGUUCCGCACUGUGUCACCAGAGGAAGGUGCAAGAGUUUACAGCCAAAUUAUGGUGCAGAAGUCCCUUCUCGAGGACGUGCACAAAGCCACAGAACUGGAGACGGUGAUGGAGAAGCAAAAGCUGAAGAUCAACCUGACAUCAGAGGGUGCCAUAGUGUGAUGGAGCAUUUAAACAUCCACUAAUACAGAUGUGGCAUCGAGGAUCAAUGGAGAUAACUGUAGUAUACACAGCUGGACGCACAGAGUCAUCAUACAUGUGGUUAUAUCUCUUAUGUGCUACAGAUUUAUCAACAAAGGCAAGCUGUGUUUAAGGUAAAGCUCACUCACCAGUACUUACUGACAUUGAGACUAUUACAUGUUUUUAAGACAGAGGGGCUUUAAAAUUCAAAUUCUCACCAGAGUUUACUAAAGUUAUUCUUACCAUGUGGUGUUCUAAAUAUCUCUAUUAUUAUAUUAUUUUUUUGUUUAGUCAAUAUCAUGACAAUAAGCAAACACGCAGUACAAUAAACAAAAUCAAAUACUGUUUAUUAGUUCGAUGUAUUACCAACAAUGGACUGAAUCUACUUUUUAGAGCUAUAAAAA